AUGGAGCAGGUCCACGGUGUCGAUGUUAGCUGGAUGACACAGGCAACACCCAAAGACAGAAUAAAUCGGAGACCUCCCUCACCGCCGGCCAAGAUUGCUACGCCUGCGCGACCGCAGCAGAUCACCACCACUGCCACGUCCUCACCGAAACCGGCAUCGCCAAACCCUCAGAACCACGGUGCCAACAAUGGGCACGCGACAUCUCCCGCCAUUCCAAUUACCCGUCGCCACUCGCGAUCCGGCUCCCUCGACAAGAGCAAUCCAGGCAGUCCGACGGGCACGCCUCCCAGCCGUCGCAACUCUUGGUUCUCCAACAUAUCAGCCAAGUUCUCCGGGACCAACCUUCACCUCCUUCACCAGCAACAGCAACCGCAGCAGCAGCAGCAGCCAGCAUCACCGCAUUCGCCGUCACAGCCUCAGCAUGGCCAGGUGACGGAGCCACCCCAGGAGAAGGCCAACGACUCUAUGCCCGAGUCCUCGCCCAGCACGCAUCCGCCCGUACCCAGACCCAGCGGUUCGAGAGGCGCCGUGCUCCCUCCGGCCACCAAGCCUAUCGAUAACGGUCCGUACACGCCCGCGCCACCGAAAUCGGGUCAAGCCGGGUUCCUCGGCGUCUUCCGGAGGCUCUCGUCCUCGGGCAAUGGACAUGCUGCUGCCAGAGUAGGCAACGGUCUGGUAGAGCGCAGGAUCCUGAACGUUGACGAUAAGCGCCAGAGGUGCGCCAUAUCAGAGCUCAAGGACAACAAGCUCAAGAAGGUAUCGUUCUGCGUCGAUGUCGAGGUUGCUCCUGUGCCCAAGUACGCCGAUGCCCCCGACCCCGCCGACAGGGUGCCCGUCGACAGCACGCACAAGACGAUGACGGAGAAGGGCGAGGGUGCUGCGCUCAAGGAUCCAAAGGCUGUCGAGGAGAAGAAGGAGGCCGGGUUGCCACUAUCUCCCCCUGCCGACACAGUGGCUAGCCAGCCUGCCGCUGCUGCCACGGCUGAAGCCACGGAAAUUGAUGAUAGCCACGCCGCCAGUCAACUCUCGUCUUCCCCGCCCGAAAAGGAAAAGGAAAAGGAACCCUCUAAGAAGAAGGAGAAGAAGAAGCGCAGCGAGGAGGAGCGCAAGGCUCGGAAGGAGAAGAAACGCAGACUAGCCGAAGCCAACGGUACCAUCCCCAUGGAGAUUCGCUACGACAGCAGCGACGAAAACCCGGACACGGCCGACAGCCCACCCGCCGAGGGUAUGACUAAGACUGCUACGAUGCACGGCUACCCCACCACAGACCCCGCCAGGGUAUACCGGCGGUGCUGCCAGCUGCGGGAGACGCCCAUCCUCAAGAAGAUUACCGAGCAGCUCCUGGACACGGCCAACUGGUCAUCCGCCACGGGCAUGGUUAACAAGCUUGAUCUGACGGGAUACUGGCUUCAGCAUGCCGACGUGGUGACCCUGGGCGACUACCUGGCCGUGGUUCCGGUGCGCGAAGUGCUUCUGGAGAACAGCAACCUCAGCGACGAGGGACUCCGGGUCAUCCUAGCGGGUAUGCUAACUGUGCGUCCCCCUAACCCCGGCCGCCGCCGCCGUCGCCCCAAGCAGCGCGACAUGGAGCCCCGCGGCGGGCUCGUGGAACGUCUCGUCAUCAAGAAUAACAAAUUUGGCCCCGACGGGUGGAAGUACCUGUCUCUUUUCCUGUACCUCUGCCGCUCGCUCAAGUUCCUCGACGUGUCAGACGUGGCGUUCCCUCGCCAGGCUGCCACUGCCACCUCGCAGGCCGACAACAACCGCAAUCUGCCCAACGGUCGCCACAUGCCCCUGGGUAUAGCCGAAAUCUUCUCCAGGGCUCUGGCCGAACGCCUUGCCGGCCCGGCCACGCUCGAGCUGCUCAAUAUUGGCGGUACGGAGCCCACGAUGGACCAGCUCGGCACCAUUGUCGACGGCCUCAUCAAGAGCGACGUCCGCCGCCUAGGUCUCGCACACAACCACCUUGAUGGCAAAGGUGCACAGCACCUGGCAAAGUUCCUCGCUGCGGGCAACUGUGUGGGUCUCGACCUGAGCGGGAACCAUCUCGGUCGCCAUAUCGAGUCUCUCAUGGAGUCCCUCAACGGCUCCAGCCCCCUCUGGGCACUCAGUCUAUCGGACUGCAACCUCGAGCCUGCGUCUCUGUGCAAAGUGCUCAGUACGCUUACGAAGCUCAACAACUUCCGGUUCAUCGACUUGUCGCAUAACCAUGAGCUCUUUACACAAUCGCCUAGUGCUGUUGGCACUUUGAGGAAAUACCUUCCGAAAAUGGAACCGCUGAAACGCAUCCAUCUCCAAGACAUGGGCAUGUCUGCGGAGCAGGCCAUUGCCAUCAUCGAGAUCCUGCCAGAGAUCCACAAUCUGGCACACGUCAACCUGCUGGAGAAUACCGAACUAGUCAAGCUAGCUGACGCCCGGACAGAGGAGGAGCAGGAGGAGGCGUGCGCCCUGUACGCAUCGCUGAUGGCAGGGGCCAGGCUGUCCACGAGCCUCGUCUGCAUCGACAUUGACGUGCCUGGCGACAAGUCGGGCGAGAUCGUCAAAGCCAUGGCCAAGCAGGUUGUCGCGUACUGCCUGCGCAACAUGGAGGCCAUUCACGACUCAGAUAUCAGCGCCGCGGCGGCGUCGGCCAUGAGCGAGAGCCAGGCCGACAAGGAUGCUGCCUUGUUGUCCUCGAAAGUCGCGGGCUACCCCGACGUCAUCGCUCACCUGGUCGGUCACGAUGUCCUGGAGCAGGACGACGACGAGAGCAAUAUGGACGGUCCGGAUGAGGACUACGUCAUCGGCGGAACGGGUGUGGUCAAGGCCUUGACUUGCUGCCUUGAGAACCGCGGCGACGACUCGGGCAGGCAGUCCGUGGAGCUUAUGCGCGAUAAUGACGGCGCAGGAGAAGGCCAGGACGUCGAUGACAAUGUCGCUGGCGGUCUCCCCACGGGUGGUAAGGCCAAGGAAAUGUCCAAGCAUCUCCUAGCUGCGGCGCGCAAGAUCCGCCACCGUCUGCAGCCUGCGCUCAUCAAGGCCCGGACCAGCCCGUCGGACGAGCACGACCUGCGCAAGCUGAUCUUCCUGGACGAAACGCUGCAGGGGAUCAUCAAACGAUUCGAGGACGAGUUCCCCGACACGCGCGAAGAUGCACCCCAGCAUCCACCGCUGCAGCCACUGACCAAGACGACGACGUCAUCGACCGCGGCAACAAACCACACAGAAGAGCAGCUCACGGCAUGCCUGCCAGCCGACCCGGCAUCGGACGGCGAGGCAGACGACGAGGCCAAGCUAAUCGCCCACCCAGACCACGACAACGAAAACGAGAGGCCCCUAUCGCGUACCAGCUCCGUCCUGUCCAAGAUCCUGGCCGAAGAGGAAGGCCGCACGCUCCGGACGGGUCACCGCUUCCGCUCAGGCUUCUUCACCCAGGCCGAUCUGGGAUACCUGGCCACGGUGGAGGACAUCGGCGCGGAACCGUCGCUCAUCAGGCUGGUAAACGACAUAGCCGAGGAUAUCGGCGGCGAGCUCCUCGAGCGGGUGCAGAAGAAGGGCGCCAUCAACAUCUUCAAGGAGGACAGGGCCUUCGUCCUGCGCUGCAUGAAGGAGCAGGACGGCGAAUCGUGGGACAACUUCAUCGAGGCGCAGCACAAGGCUCGCGCCAACAUCUUGGUCCCGGGGACUGCGGCUACCGAACAGAGUGCUUCUUCUUCCUCAGACUCGGUUGGUCGUCUGGAAAAGGCUGAUGAUUCGGCUAUCGCUGAUUGA